AUGCAUGUGAUACUUACUGGUGCCACCGGUCUGGUUGGCUCCGCGGCGCUCGUAGCGCUCAGGGCCAGGACGGACAUCUCCAAGAUCUCAAUUUUGAGCCGUCGGCCAGUCCCGAUGCUAGAAGACAAUACGGAUGACCGCAUCCAAGUGAUUCUGCAUGAUUUCAAACGCUAUGACUCAUCAUUAAAAGAGCGCCUAUUAGGGGCUCAAGGGGAAUAUGUCCAUAUCACCAAGGACAUGACUCUUGAAGCCGCCGAGGCUUUCCAGCAGCUCAAGUUGCAAGACUCGGACCAUUUUCAAUUUGUUUUCGUAUCCGGAGAGGGUGCUACCAGCGAGCCAGGUCCCUUCACAGCCCUGUUUGGUCGGGUCAAGGGAGAGACGGAAUCCGCCUUGGCCGAAAUAGAAUCUCGAAACCCUCAGUUCAAGACCGUGACCGUUCGUCCUGCUUUCGUCGACCCUAGUGGCCAUCAAGCCAUUCUCCCCUGGAUACCCCAAGGCUCUAUCCUCAAGCGCUUCGGAGAGUCUAUCAUAGGACCUCCGAUCAGAGCUUUUUACACAAGAAUGCACAGUCCGACUGCGCCAUUGGGAGAAUUCCUGGCUGGAUUGGCCGCCGGCCAUUAUAAUUAUCAAACGCUGAGAGGGGAGGGGGUGGAGACACGAGGAGCCAGCUUGAUCAUCAAUAAUGCAGGUUUCCGCAGAGUGAUGGGGCUAGAUGGUCAACGGUGA